AUGGUCUUCGCGUGGAAAGCCGCCGGCAUCACCUACAACCGCUUCCUGGCCGUGUCCGCACGUGCUGUGCGUCGCAGCCUCAAGGAGGACAAGAGGAUCCUCGCCGAGCGCCGCGGUGCCGUCGCCGAGAUCAGGUUCGCCAAGUGGGAGAACGGCAAGAUGGGCGAGCCCAAGGACCUCGUCAAGGCCAACGCCGCUCAGGCUGUCGAGAACGCCGCCGCCGGCUCCUCACGGGAGGGAGGAGGAUACCUGCGAGAUGCAUCUCCCCGCCCGCUCGCCCGCUGGUCAAGGGGCGGCUGUAUCAUAGAGACGAUCCGCGUUAUUCGAUAUCAAUUCCUGCUAAUGAUGCGGUCUACUGGAUUCUGCCAUGGGCUCGACAUGCUUGUCCGUCUCCCCAUGCGUGCUGUUGCGUCGCUGGACAGCGGCUGGGUCCGAUGCCUACACCACCAUCAGUACCGCCAGCGUCUGCCGGGCAAACUCGGCACUAAGCCGCGUGCCCACUUCUGUCUGCGCGCUGGCAGACGCCCAAACAUGAACCACCAUGUUGGUUCUGAGCUUAGGCUGUUCGUCUACUGCGUGUGA